AUGGCUACGACCAUCAGUGGCCCUCUGCCAACGUGGCGCCCGCCUCAGCAAACGUCCUGGCAACGCUUCCGCAAGAACCCGGCGCUGUUCGUCGCGCAGCACCUCUACCGCCACAGGGCGCUCCCGCGGCGCCCGCCCGACCCAGAGAGUCCCCUCACCGUCGUGUGCAUCUCCGACACUCACAACACGCAGCCCGCCGUGCCGUCGGGCGACAUCCUCGUGCACGCCGGGGACCUCAGCGUCGGCGGCACCUUUGCCGAGCUGCAGGCGCAGCUCGCCUGGCUCAACACGCUGCCGCACAGAUACAAGGUCGUCAUCGCGGGCAACCACGACCUGCUCCUCGACCCGGCGUUUGUGGCGCGCUCGCCGGAUCGCAUCUGCGAGGAGGAGGGCGCGGCGCGGAGCAACCUCUAUUGGGGGGAUGUCGUGUACCUGAAUAAUACGUCGGAGCGGCUGAGGUUUCCUGGUAGGAAGGCUGUGCACGUGGUUGGCUCGCCGUGGACGCCGAGCUUUGGGAACUGGGCGUUUCAGUACCCGGAUGUACGCGACGUGUGGGACGGCAUGGUGUCGGAAGACGUGGAUGUCCUGCUGACGCAUGGGCCGCCGAGGGGCCAUCUUGACGACGGGGGGAAAGGGUGUCCGCAACUCACCCAGGAGAUUCUACGGGUGCGGCCGAAGCUGGUCGUCUUUGGCCAUAUUCACGUUGGCCACGGGGAGGAGCGGGUUUCGUAUGAUGGGUUUGAGAGGGCAUACGGCGAGAUUAUGGGUGGGAAUGAUACGCUGCUUUCGGCGAUGUGGAUGCUGUUCUGGUUCUGCAUCUCGCGUGUUGGCAGCAUGUUUGGUUGGCAUGCCACGGCGAGGACGACGAUGGUGAAUGCUGCGGUUGUAGGGGCAUCGAUGGAUCAUGCAGAACAUGACGGCAUUGUUGUCAAGAUAUGA